AUGGCUGGUAUAGACGCCCUCCUUCAAGGAGAGCCGCAAGGGACCGGCCAGCGCCAACCUCGCACCCAAGAACCCGAUGAGCUGAAGCGCAGCCUUGAGGAGCUUCUCCUCACACCCUCACCAGAGUUCUCGCCUGAAUGGCUCAACCGACUGCAGCAACGAUGGGAUUUUGAGGCUGACUACACGUCUCUGUUCAAGGUGGCACCGCCGCACACAAGAACUCUCACUAGAUUUCAACGCCAUGGAUUGGAGGGUCGUGUUACAGGUUACAAGAACGUCACAGUGCCUGCCAACAGCGCCACCGCCAAGAAUUCGACCAGCUUGCUACGAAAACCUGCAAAUCGCGCAGACUUUGUGAGAGGUGCUGCUGGAUUCUUCCCUUUUGCGCCUGGUGGCCUUGAGGGCAUUGAAGCUACUGCGGCGUUUGAAGAUCAAAUCCAUUCUGGAGAUAUUGCCAAGUCUAGUGGUUCUGGAAACAAGCUGGAGAGGGUGAUUCAGCUAGGUGCUGAAGGUGGACUGCUUGAGAUUGCCCCUGGAAUGAGCAGAGGUAUCGACUUUACUAAGAAGACGACCGUCAACGAAGAAGAUGCGAAUGCCAUCAAGGAGGUGCUUGAGGAGGAUCCCGAGGAGGCUAAGGCUGCACCCGAUGCGAGCGAGGACGCUUCCCCUGAAACUGCUACCCCAGAUCUAACACCAGACUCUGGUGAAGAUGGCGACGACAUUGACAGCAUUCUCCCUGUCGAAUUCCCGGCCUUGGAGCCUCACGGUGUCCUUGCUGCGUCUAGUGCUCGCAAAGCUGGGCGUGAGUGGGCGCACAUGGUCGAUAUCAACCACGACAUGUCCAACUUCAGAGAACUCGUCCCAGACAUGGCGAGGGAGUGGCCUUUUGAGCUCGAUACCUUCCAGAAGGAGGCCGUUUACCAUCUUGAGAAUGGUGACUCCGUCUUUGUGGCUGCACACACUUCAGCUGGCAAGACAGUGGUGGCAGAGUAUGCGAUCGCCCUGGCAGCCAAGCACAUGACAAAGGCCAUCUAUACCUCUCCCAUCAAGGCGCUGAGCAACCAAAAGUUCCGCGACUUUCGACAGACUUUUGACGAGGUGGGAAUUCUUACCGGUGAUGUCCAGAUCAACCCUGAGGCUAGUUGCCUCAUCAUGACGACGGAGAUUCUACGAAGUAUGCUCUACCGAGGAGCUGACUUGAUUCGAGAUGUCGAGUUUGUCAUUUUCGACGAAGUUCACUAUGUCAACGAUUUUGAACGUGGUGUCGUGUGGGAAGAAGUCAUCAUCAUGCUGCCUGAGCAUGUCUCCCUCAUUCUACUAUCAGCCACGGUGCCCAAUACCUAUGAGUUCGCCUCAUGGGUUGGACGGACAAAGCAGAAGGACAUCUAUGUCAUCUCUACGCCAAAGAGACCUGUGCCCUUGGAGCACUACCUCUGGGCUGGAAAGAACAUCCACAAGAUUGUGGAUUCGGAGAAGAAGUUUAUCGAGAAGGGCUGGAAGGACGCACACCAUACUAUCCAAGGGAAGGAUAAGCCCGAGGCCGCUAAAACUACUGUUGCAACCCGAGGAGGCAACCAACGAGGAAACCAGCGAGGUGGUCCGCAGCGAGGUGGACCCCAAAGAGGUGGCCGAGGAGGGGGUCAGCAAAGAGGAGGCAAUCAGCAACGAGGUCGCGGAGGACCUCCUCGAGCAAGCCAUGCCCCUGGCCACAUGGGUCGCGGAGGCCGCGCGGGUGGCUUUACAUCAGUUGCGCAAGACAAGAACCUCUGGGUUCAUCUUGUCCAGUUCCUCAAGAAGCAGACCCUUCUCCCGGCCUGUAUCUUUGUCUUUUCAAAGAAGCGAUGUGAGGAGAACGCCGAUGCUCUCAGCAACCAGGACUUUUGCAACGCCACAGAGAAGAGUCAUAUCCACAUGAUUAUCGAAAAGUCGGUGGCUCGGUUGAAGCCAGAAGACAGACAGCUACCGCAGAUCAUCAGACUACGAGAGCUCCUGAGCCGGGGCAUUGCUGUUCACCACGGUGGUCUCCUACCUAUCGUCAAGGAGCUUGUUGAGAUCCUUUUUGCACAGACACUUGUCAAGGUGCUGUUCGCUACAGAAACAUUUGCUAUGGGCCUGAACCUCCCUACACGAACAGUUGUCUUUUCUGGAUAUCGCAAGCACGACGGACACUCGUUCCGAAACCUGCUACCUGGCGAGUAUACACAGAUGGCUGGCCGAGCUGGCCGUCGUGGCCUGGAUACUGUUGGAUCAGUCAUCAUUGUCCCUCCUGGUGGACUUGACGACGCUCCUCCGGUUGCAGACCUGCGCAACAUGAUUCUGGGAGAGCCUUCGAAGCUACGAUCACAGUUCCGACUCACAUACAACAUGAUUCUCAACCUGCUCCGCGUGGAAGCCUUGAAGAUCGAGGAGAUGAUUAAGCGCAGUUUCUCUGAGCAUGCUACACAACAGCUACUUCCAGAGCACGAGAAGGAUGUCAAGCUGGCACAAGCAGAUCUGGCAAAGGUCAAGCGAGACUCUUGUGAGAUCUGUGAUGUUUCAAUGGACGAGUGUCAUCAGGCCGCCCAGGAUUUCAAGCGGCUCACAUUCGAGUUGUACAAGGGCAUGUUAGCCAUCCCGAUAGGCCGCAGGAUGUUCUCCUCGAAUCGCCUCAUUGUGUUCAACUGGGACGGUGUCCGCUCCGUUGGCAUUCUCCUAGCGGACGGUAUUAGUAACAAGGGCACGUCGGAGGAUCCAACACUGCACGUCUGCGCCAUCAAGUCCCUCCGAGAGCGACGCGACGCGACCGACCAGCUCCCCUUCAUCCCUGCUUUCACCAAGUAUCUUCACGAGCUUCCCAAGAGCAAGAAGCGGAUGCAAACCAAGACGCUUCACGUUCCGUUGAGUGAUGUGGAGUGUCUCACCAGAUGGGUAACCAAGGGUAUUCUUCCAGAGAUUUUCCAGGGCGGUGACGGCUAUCACCAAGCGAAGGAACGUCUUCAGGAGCUCUGCGGCUCAUGGGGUGAUAAAUGGGAGGAGCUUGAUCUUUCCCGGAUCAAGCAGCUUCAACUGCAAGAGAUUGUGGAGAAGAGGAUCGACUUGGUCAAGACGAUAUCAAACUCGUCCGCCACGAAGUGUCCAAACUUCUUGAAGCAUUUUGCCAUGUGUCACGAUGAGUGGCUCAUCAAGGAGCACAUCUCCCAGUUGAAGCAGUCUCUGUCGGACCAGAACCUCCAACUUUUGCCUGAUUACGAGCAGCGUGUCCAGGUGUUGAAGGAGCUUGGCUUCAUCGAUGAGGCAACUCGUAUUCAGCUCAAGGGCAAGGUUGCUUGUGAGAUCCACUCGGGAGACGAGCUUGUCCUCACCGAACUCAUCCUUGACAAUGUGCUCGCCGACUACGAGCCUGCCGAAAUCGCCGCUCUUCUGUCGGCGUUUGUGUUCCAGGAAAAGACAGACAUUGAACCCUCACUCACCGGCAACCUCGAGCGCGGCCGUGAUACCAUUGUCGCCAUCUCGGAGAAGGUCAAUGAUGUGCAAACACGGCUGCAGGUGAUUCAGUCCGCCGACGACUCCAACGACUUUGUUUCACGACCUCGUUUUGGCCUCAUGGAGGUUGUGUACGAAUGGGCGAGGGGCAUGACCUUCAAGAACAUCACCGGCUUGACCGAUGUGCUGGAGGGAACUAUUGUGCGAACGAUCACGCGACUGGACGAGACAUGUCGUGAGGUGAAGAACGCGGCGAGGAUUGUUGGUGAUCCAGAGCUGUAUCAGAAGAUGCAGCAGGCGCAGGAGAUGAUCAAGAGGGAUAUUACGGCAGUGGCUAGUCUUUACAUGUAG